AAUGCGAGAAUCAAUUUUCUCAUAUUAUUUUCCCGAGAAAACCCUAACCAGCUGAAUGAGCUAUCACAUUUGCACUCAUUGACUCCAUUGACGCCACCGCAGCAAGCAAUCCGUCGUAGCAGAGCUUAGUUUGGUUGCUUCCUUCAAAAGGCAUGUGACGUGAGCACAAGUUUAAAAACGGUGUGAUAACAUACCAUGUGAAAUAGAAAGUUCUAGACAUAAUUAGGCACAAGAGAAAAACUACAGCAAAAAUUUUUUAGGGCCCUUGUCAUAUCAAAGAUAUCAUGCACCAUUGAAACAAAACACAUGUAGGCUAUAGGGGCCAUAAGCCUGCCUUUCAAAACCUUUGGAGAAUAGAGAUUAUCUUAUAGCUGUGAUGCUUCCGUCCAACUAAAUGCACUAAAGUAUGCAAGAAGUGGACAGAUUCCACAUGAAGUGAUAAUUAAGAUAGUUUCUUCAGAAAGAAUCCACAACUAUUCCAAAACACACCAUAAAAGCUGUGGCACGGAAAUGGAGCAGUAUGAUCUGCAAAGACAAAGAAAGGAUAUGAAAAACAAAGGAAGAAAUGUUGUGUGGUCAAUUGCAAUGGAUAAGUGUCUGAUUGAAGCCUUGGCUGUUCAGGCAAAACGUGGGAACAAAAUUGAUAAAUGUUUCAAUGAAAAUGCCUAUACCUCUGCCUGUGUGGCUGUGAACGCUCAAUUCAACUUGAAUUUGAAUAAUCAGAAAGUGAUUAACCGCCUAAAAACAAUUAAAAAAAGAUAUAAAGUAAUAAAAGAUAUGCUAAGUCAUGAUGGUUUCUGGUGGAAUCCAAAUACGAAGAUGAUUGAAUGUGACAGUGAUGAGCUCUGGAAGAAAUAUAUCGCUGCACGUCCUGAUGCAAGAGGGUUCCAUGGAAAGCAGAUAGAGAUGUACGAUGAACUGAAAAUUGUUUGUGGAAAUUACCAAGCCCCUAGUCGUUGGGCUAGGAUAAAGGAUGGAAGCCAGCUAAUGGAUAUGAAGAAUGGUGUGGAUGAGUCACCUUCCUUUGUUUCUCCCAGUUCAGAAGAUAUGAGUGAGACAGAUGGAACUGAAUCAUACUCCACCCUUCCACCAGAAUAUUGCCCGAUGCCAGAUGGAUUUCAAGAGCCUCCAGUGGCGCAGCCACAGAGACAGCAGCAAAAACGUCCUCGUACCUCAGAGGAUGCCCUUCAGGAUGCAUUGAUGACAGUGGCAGCGAGCAUCAGGCGACUAGCUGAUGCUAUGGAACGAAACAAAUGCUCAGUUGAUGCGACUGAGCUAUUAGAGGCUGUGAUGGAGAUAGAUGGGUUGGAAGAAGGUAAACAGAUGUAUGCGUUUGAAUACUUAAAUGCUGAUCCGGUUAAAGCCAGAGCCUUCAUGACAUACAAUUCUAGAAUGAGAAAGAUUUAUCUCUUUAAAUUGUUCUGGUGGUGGAGAUGAGGGUGACCGAAUUUCUUGGAAGUUUUAGGUGUAUAGAACUAUAGAUUAUUGCGUGGGGAUUUAGAUAAAUGGAUGUUUUUGUUUUAUGUAUUGUAAGGAGAGUGUAUAUAUUCAUUCUAAAAAUCAUUGAUAGAUAUAGCAAAAUGUCAGGGAUGUUAACAAAAUGAUUCAAUGUUGGAUUGAUUUGGACCAAUUCUGAGAGACCACUAGCAAGGAAUGUUUGAAGAACAAUUUCUUUGUAUCUGGUUUCUUUUGUUUUGUUUCAGAGUCUUAAUGCUAAUUCUCUUCUGAAAAGUGGUCCUGUCCUUUCUCCAUAAAUGGUGAAGCCUAAUGUUGGUAG